UUAAGUUUUCACACCCACUCUACAUAUUUUCAUAAAGGCCUCAUAAAAAUUGAGAUCAGAACACAUCAUAUAUCCUAAAUGGCGGUACAGAGUCAGUUUAUUCAAGUGGCAAGCCACUCCACGGAUCUGGCCUCCUCUUGGAUAUACUUGGUGGACUGGAUCCUUGUAUUAAUCCUUGGUAUAGCCUUUGUGUUUUACUUUGGAAGGUUCCUUGGGUUUAUCUUGUCAACUAUGAUGCGAUUUGCACUUUGGAGAACUCUGGGUAUUAUGAUCAAUAUCGAAUCUAUCCGUUUCUCCCCUCUUGGGGGUAGACUUAUGAUCAAGAACUUAACGAUAGGUACAGAAAAUCAAACGGUAUCCGUUCUACGAGUAAAUCUUACUUGUAGAUAUUGGCUUUGGGGUAGCACCCGGUUAGCAGAGUAUGUGGUACAAGAGAAGGAUGAGACUUCCCUGACGGGAUCUGAUGAUCUUAAACUGGAAAAUGAUAGACUUUCCACUCGGUUUCUUCUUCUGUUAGAAGGAUUGGAGAUUUUCAUGUACAACCGAACUUUUGCAUACGAUAACAUAAUGAAGAUUUUGACCAAAGAUGACCCGAAUAUGGAUUCUACUCCUGAAAAGUUGGAUGACCACGAAAAAGAUAUUUCUGAUUUGAGGCAGCGGUCUAAUAGAAGCAAUAAUUCGGUGAGAGAUUCUACGUCAAAGUCUGAUGAAUCAACAAUUCACCACUCAGAGGUGGAUAUGGAUAAACUCAACCAUCACUUACUGAGAUUGCUUUCAGUCUUUCCUAUUAGUGUGUCGAUAAAACGUGCUGUUUUAGUUUUGGGGAAUCAUUCUACACCUUCUUUACUUAUUCAUUCCUGCAAAAGUGCAAACGGGAUUGCUGAUAUCAGACGAACUGAUAGCAAGCUUGAUAUUUGCAAGCACCUUUACUUCUUUAAAAUGGAGAAGUUCCAAAUAUUAAUGAAAGCCAAUAUCUUGUAUGACGAAUCGUCCCAAGGAAACCAGCCUAACAAGCAAAAUGGAAACACCCAUGCCGCAUCAGUUUCAAAAUUUAAGAAACUCCAAAGAACUCUCAAUGUGGUACCAUCAAUAUUUGCCAGCUUUCUGCAUGAAAAAGCUUCCCCACAAGUGGAUUACCAGAACUGGAUAGGAUUGAGGCGAUACCUCAAUGCAUCACUAGAUGACUUCAACUACUUGUACGAUAAUUUGAUGAACAGCAAUGAAGAAUAUGGGAAAUAUAGUUUGAUACUUGAUUCUGUCUCAACACAAUUCAGUUACUACUACGAUAUUCCAGGGAAGGUGGAUGCCAAAGAGUUAAAUACGUUUCCAGAGUUUGGAGCCGAUAUAAGGUUUUCUAUGGCAACUAUCCACUAUGGGCCUUGGGCAGAUAAACAAAGAGUUCCUAUCCAACAAGCAUUUUUUCCUCCAAUAUCUCGAGAUACUAUUCCUUCUCCCAAACCCCAACCAGGUCAGUUGAGACAAUACCAAGGAUUCAAGGUCAACGUGGUCGCCGAAGAUGAAAUCAUUUUCAGAAUACCGACAAGAGAACCCAGUAAGGAUAAAGAAGCUCUUAAAACAGCAAGAACGGCUAAUAAUAUCAAUAAACCCAUAAGGCCAUUCGGAUGGCUCGAAUUGAAAAUGGGUGCAAAUUCAAGCAUAUCUUCAUUCAGUUCAUUUUUAUGUCUGGAAGAAGAAGGUUUUCCCAAUACUUUGUUUGCUGUAUUUCUUCAACCAGAGCUUAGUACUUCUGUCAAUCACGAUAUACUCUACUUGGCUGAUGUCCACACAUUGGAUGCCAAAUUUAGCUUUCCUCUUGAAUGGAAUGGUCCAUGUGAAUGGGUGUUUGAUAAUUCCAGUUCAAAUGCUAGGAUAUUCUUUUUACGGGAACAUACUUUAUUGAUUUCGGAUAUGUUUGCUGACUUUGGUUCAGGAGCUCCUGCGCCUUAUGAAAAUUUUAGGCCUUUUACAUACCUUUUCAACUGGAAUCUUCAGAAUUAUAGGCUUUACUUGAACAUCAAUGAUUCUAACAUUAUCAACAAUCCUUUGGAUUUUGAUAGUAAUAAAUACCUUUCAGUGCAAGGAAAGGAACUUGAAUUGGCUCUUGAGAUUCCAUUGCUUACUCAAGUCACUCGUCUCACUUCCAUUAGUUUCAAAGUCUUUGCUCCGUAUUUUGACUUGAAUUUGGACGUCCCCCCAUGGCAUACUAUGAACUCCUUCAAUAAGCCUUCUGUUUUGAUAGGAAGGGCAAAUAACUUCACAAUUGACGGCUCAUAUUCUUAUUUAAGCACUGUUGAAAUCAACACUCACAACACUAUUGUGAUUCGGAGUAAAGGUGAUGACGUUAUGGUGAAGUUUUACGGUAUACUUAUGAAGUACAUCUUCAUAAUCAGAGAGAAUUACUUGGGCGAUAGUUUUCACUUCAAAACUUUUGAAGAAUAUAACAAUGACCACCUGAUGGAUAGUGAUAUACAUACUACUUCAAAUACGACCUUAACUGAACAGUUUGAUUAUUGGAAAAUGGUGAAGACGGAUAACAAUGUGGAUGUAUUGUUUUCUUUUCAAGUACGAAAUGGCCUAUUGGUGUUACCACAUGAGAUGUAUGGGACAGAGAGUCAUAUAGCCUUAUCCUUUGAUUAUUUUGAUGCUGACAUCAGAUUCACAAACUUCUACAUGGAUAUGCAAGCCGACUUUAGUCCAACUUAUGGUAUGUUUGUGAAGCUCUCGAAGGACGUAAAUCUGGAUGACAAUCUAACUGAUAUAAAAGGUUACUUGCAAAGAUUCAAGGUAAGAGAGAAUUUUGACAUCCUUAUUGAUGAAUUUUCUGUCCAUGGCCAUAGGAUGUUUGGUAUUCCACCGAAAGAAGUCACAUACUAUUGUAACUGGGUCGUCGCAACUAAUCUCAUUAGUAUUGAUUCAGAUCCAAGUUUCUUGCUUUAUUUGGUAGAAACUCUUUCAACUUUUAUGGCAAGCUUCAAAGACUUAGAAAAUGCUUUACACCCAACACUUCCAACUAUUUAUGAUGCGUUGUGUUUUUCGUUCCAAUGUCCUGAAUUGAAUGUGAAAUUAUCUUGUGGCAAAGAGGCUGUUGUGUUGAAUUUGAGGCCUGUUGUAUUUACUUUCAAUGAUAUUGCCAAUUCCAGGUAUUCGGCCAAGCUAUCGGUGAACAUCCAAGAGAUUGAACAUAAAAUUGUCAAUGAAGAAACCAAAAAUAUUAGUGCUUUGUUCAGGACCUCUCUUGUUAUCGAUAAUAUUUUGAGAAAACCCAAGUACAAUGAGCAUAGAAGAUUACAGCAGGAACAUAUUAGGUUUAAUGAUGCUCCUUUUCACAGGGCUCUGCAAAUGUUGUUUGAGGAGACUAAAAAUGCUAAUUAUUAUGAAGCAUAUCGCUCUAUUAUCAACCCUGUUUCAUUACCUGAUGUUCCCCUUCCGUUGAAUAGGUAUACCAAUGAUAUCAAUAAUCCUACGGAAUCAUUGGGGUCUUAUUCCAGCUCCAAUUCUUCCUUGCUGGAACAAGAAUUACGAGGAGAUAGACUCUUCAUAUCACCUACUCUCGACUAUGCGGAAGAAGAUUUCCAACCGGAUUCCCAAAAGGAUGAGAGUUUCAAAUAUGAAAAUCUUAUUUACACAUUUGAUGAUAUCAUUGGUUUUAUAUCGCCCAAAGCGAUCGAGGUUUACGCAAGUUUUCAGGAUAGCAUGCAUAAUCCUGAUUUGAAUAACUUGAUGGAUUUGUUCGAAAAGCAUGUUGUGGAUGAUCUUAAACUUUUGAUGCUUCAAGUUUCGACUAACGAGAACCAAAGACUUGUGGCUCCCUCUAUAAACAUUUCCUUUGGGGAAUUUCAUGGCAUGAAUGAGGUUGAAAUUUCCGAUGCAUUGAAGUACUCUUCUGCAAUUAAUAUCUUGGUCACUGAACCUUCUAUGGCUUUGUCUAUGACGGAGGAAAGAAGAAAAUUACACAGCGAGGAAUAUCUUCUGACCAAACAAACUUCGACAGCUUUCAGUUUCAAAAACAUAAUAGUCAAUAUUACUAGCCCUAAGGAUUUUGAUGACUCCAUCAGUUUAUGUGUUAAAGACAUUGAGUUUUGGCAAGCGGAUGACAAGAAAGAAGAAAUAUCUUCUCUCAUUGUCGAAGAUGUUUCUUUAGAUCUCGGGGAUGCCCAGUUGAUCUGGUUGAUCCGCUACAUAGAUUUCCUUUCGAGGGAACUUCAGCCAUCACUCGAUGCAUUCCAAAAGAACAGCGAAAUUCAAGGGAAAUCUCAAGCUGCUUUAGUAUAUACCUUGGGCCUUGCUUCCAAAAAGUAUAAGGUUGAUGACGACUCCACAGUUUUAACCAAACCUGCCUACGUACUUAGAUCAUUGAAAGAGCAUAUUAGAGUAUUUGACUCGUGGAAGGUAUUGGUGAGACUACGUCAUAUUUUUCAGAGUAUGGACGAUCAGUGGGUGACGGAUCAAGAGAAUGCUUUAAGACAAAAUGGUUGGAAAAUUCCAUCAACAGCUUAUGAAGAAACCUGGGACGUAUUUUCGAAGUGGAGAAGUUGGGAAUCGAAUUUUCAAGAACGUGAAACGUUUUUCCAAAAGAUCUUCAACUUUCUUCCAGUGAUUCAAAAGAGUGGAAUAUUUCAAACGACGUUCCACAGAAUUGCCAUAGAAUUCUCAAAUCAGUACAGUAAGGUACCCGACUACAUUGAGGUUCAAAAUGCCUAUCUUUCCUUCACCACUCAAAAGAAGGAUGCUAUAGUAAGGGCUUUCCAUAUUCUUGCUAAUAUAGGAUCUUAUAAGGGAGCUAUUUCUCCUGCUACAUUGACUGUUAUUCCGUCUUUGAUGGAAGAAGCUGAACGAUUUAAACCAAAAAGAAAAGCUAGUGAGCAAGAUGUCCAGACAGAAUCAGCAAUAUCUGUGGUUUUCAACAUCAAUAACUUUGAUCAGCAACUACAACUUGAUUAUCUUUGCUUCCAGUUUCAAGCAUUCAACUUGAGUGCAACAGCAACUUGCCAAGCAAUUGAAGAGGAUUCUUCCUUUAUGUCCUUCACUGCACAAGCUUCUUCGAUUCUCUUCCAAAUGAAGCACGACAGUCAACAGCUUAUAUCUCAUGGAUUAGAAGAAAUCAGUGUUGUUUCUUACGGUGGUAAUGCCUCGACUGAAAUGGUAGUUGUUGACGCCUUUGUGGAAAACAGCUAUAGCAAAAUUAUUGACGACAAGUUAUCGCAUACUAUAGAGAUGGCUAUUGAAAUGGAUAUGAAGUACCUUGAGCUAUUAAAGCCUAGAAUUGAUCCCACAGUGACUUCAAAGGAUGAUCAUGAAUUCGAUUUUCAUGAAUUGCUCAACAAGAAGGAUGUUAUUGUGAAUGUUCAAGUUAACCAUUUCUCAUAUAUGAUAUCUUUGCUAAAGACGAUUCUGCUACAUGGAGCUGUGUAUGAUAACAGUAUUUCACUAAUUUUGUCUGAUGGUGCUGCUGAUAUAAGCAGCUUACUACAAAAGAUCGACUUUAACUUGAAAACUCCUUCUUACAGUAUAUUGGAACUUGAACAUUCACAAAUGUUGAACAACAUAAAGAUAUGUGAGCAAAAUGGCACACCUGCCGUUUCUGUUGACUCUCAACUUGGUUUCUCAAAAAUAUUCUGUCCUAAAUUGAUCAGGUCUAUAAACGAAAUUCUCGAUAAUUUCCAGGACCUGGUAUUAGAAUACGAAUCUGUGACCCCCUUGCGUACUUCAGAAUCCAAGUUUAAUUUGGGAGAAAUUCCUAUUGAUGUCAAGUUUGCUACUGAUUAUGUGGGAAUGUCUUUCUUGGCUGAUAGAUCUAGGUAUUCUAUGGAAUCAGAAAAUAUUGAAAUCAAACUCAGCAAUAUUAUUACUCCAGAAGUGGGUAUCUCGAGAACUGUAUCAUAUUAUGGGAGUGUACUGGUUCCAUCAUUCCGUAUUUCUAUUGCCGAUAGAAUUAUACCAGUGGGAUUAUCAAAUAUUAUUGAUGUAAACAUUUUGAUCAAGCUCAUCAACGAAAAGAAGCAUAACAAUCGUCAAAUCUUAGAAGUUGUAUCACACUAUUGCAGAGUUUGUUUGAGUUUUGGGGCAAUUCAGAGAAUAGUGUUCUUAGCUGAUGAAUUGGCCAUAAUAAAAAAGGAACUAGAGAAGCAAUUGAAACAAUCCAGAAAUAAAAAGACUGCUAUUAAUGAAACCAAAGAGAGUUUUCUCUCUUUCAUUUCAGGCUUCCAUAUCUUAUCGUACAAUUUCUGUAUCGGAUGGAUUUUUGAAGAUGCGAGAAAUGAUUACCCUGGUUUAAUUCUUGGUGCUGAAAGAUUCUAUGCUGUAACAGACGAAGGCAUUGGGAAAUUAUCCUUGAUGGAAGCCUACUUGGCUGUUGCGCAUGGAUCAACUUCUUCUGGUUUUUUCAGUACACAGUCCGAGAAAACUAACUCUAACAGAGCAUUUUUACCGUUUGUACAGUUUGUCUACGUGGUAACAGAUGAACUCGAAGGGAAACGUAUGAAAUCGAACAUCACCGGGGAUGAACUUGACGUCAAUUAUUUGUCUAACUCGUUCCACAUUUUUGAGUACGUUAUCAAGUCUGGUUCUCAGGUUCAAGCAUUCUUUGACAAACGUGUUAAGAUAAUGGAUAAAUGGAAAGAUGAUAGUAAAUCUCACGAGGAACAACAGGUUGACUACAUGAAUUCUUUAAGAUCUACAUUCUCAUCCAUUGAAUGUAAGGCAACUUUUGCAGGUUCGAUAGUUUCCCUUCAAAAGAUUGGAGAGUCUGGAGAUGGAAGUUCAUUUAUCUUAAAUUUCCCAGCUGUUAAAAGUACCACCACAUAUUCUCAUUACAAAAGUGGAGCCAAGAAGCACAGCAUUAAAAGUGAAUUGUUUACAUCUUCUUCUGACAACAAGAUUUAUGCUUCGUGUGUACCAGUGAUCAUGGACAUUGUAUAUGGGGUCAAGAGAAUGGUGAGAUUACUGAAUCAGAAUCAUGCUAGUACUUCCGAGAAGGAAGUACCAAAUAAGCGAGUGGAAACCUCUGCUGGUCAGAAGAACUUUAGCUUUAGUACCAUUCUUGAAGAAACAGAUAUCCACUUCGGUAUCAAAGUGGAUAAGCAAAAGAUUUCAUUAAGUUGUGAACCGACUGCAAAGGUAGAAGCAAUUGUGGGCAUUGGAGGCAUCUACUUCCAAGUCAACUCGGGAUCCAAUGCCUCGAUUAAUGCAAUUGCAGUGUUAGAUAAAAUAUCUGCUGCAGUCCAGCAUGUUUAUUCUAGAGAAGUCAGUGGGUCAAUUGAUGUCAACUCUGUUGUUUUGACUACUUCUGUUGAGUUACUCAACGAAAUUAGUGUCAAGUCAGCUAGUUGCAUUUCCAAUGUCGAAGGGUAUGUCAAUGUCAAACAAUUUCAAGACCUUGCUUUGUUCAAGGAUAUUUGGUGGCCAAAACACCUCAUGCGUGAAUACGAAGAACCACAAGUGGAGCAUUUCCUACCAAACUCCAAUGAGUUAGCAGAUAACAAGAAUAUUGCAUGGAGAUUCAAGGAAGUGUCGACUACUAAUGCAAUACCAUGGUUUAUAACUUUUGUCUUAUCUGACGUGUUGGUCAAAGUUAAUUGUGGACCAUCUUUAGGUGAAAUGAUGUUUAAAUUGAAUGAGAUUUGGGCAGUUUCACAGAAGACACCCGAUUGGACACAACAGUUCAAGAUGGGUAUUAAUGCAUUUGAAAUAACCUCGGAAGGUAGGUUGGGAGGCGAUUUGAUUGCCAAUGAUUUGUAUCUUCAUUCCGAAGUCACUUGGAAACUCGAUGAAGGUAAGGUUCUAGACGUGCCAUUGAUUUUAGUUUCAGCUGGUGUUGAUCAAUUAGCCGUGAAGAGUACGUUCGAUUAUCACGUCUUUGUUGUUAUCAGUAUUAGUGAUUAUUCAAUUGAUCUCUAUAACCAGAAGAGUGAAUUGAUGAUCAGCAAAGAUCAUCUUUUUGUGGCAGCCCAAUUCAAAGCUUGUGAAAUCUAUAUGUCAUCCUUCACGGCUUCGAAUGUUUUAGAUAUCUACAAUGCAGUCUUAAGAAUGACUCAGGAUAAUAAGAUCUCGUAUAAGGAGACCUUGCAUGACUCGAACAAAAAUAAGUCUCAUUCCGCUAAGAAGUCCAACAAACCAUACAAUAACGCUAUUCUCGAGACCGUCAAGAAACUUGAAACAGAGUUUGAAGUUUUGGCUGGAACGUUGCUCAUACAUGUGUACCCUACAUCCUUUGAUGAUAGCAAAGUAUUGGUGAUAAAAUUAGAUGAGUCAAGUGCUCAAUUCCUGCAAAAUGAAUACAACCAUGGUAUUGCCAAUCAGCUUAAAAUCCAGUUCAAUGACUUGAAGGUAUCAUUGUCUACCAAUACAGCUGUUCUGGAAGAUUUCAUUCAAGAAGCUACUGUGGAAGACUUUUCAAAGUAUGCCCGUAAAGCAAGAGGUGGACUGAUUUUCCUGUUCCCAUCAUUCCAGAUUUCAAUGAAAACAUUCCAAAAGUAUAAUACCAAUUUGAUUGAGUAUUUCUAUCAAUCAACGUUUGGAGGAACAGUUGAUAUCCGGUGGAAUCUUGGAUCAGUCAACUUUAUUCGAGAGAUGUAUAGUAUUCACAUCAAUUCGUUGGCAUCGAGGAAUCAGUUCAGAAAAACAUUGCAACAAAAUACUGGAACUGAAGAGGUAAACUUCAAGAAAGAUAUCUUUACUGAUAAAGAUGAUAAUAGAAAAACACUAGCCUUAGGUCUAUUGAUGGAUCCAAAAGCAUCAGAAACCUCUACAGAAAGGAUUGACCAAGCAUUGAAUGAAAAAAUUGACAAAGUUUCUAAGAGUUCUAAAUACUUAUAUUUGCCUUUGGCACCUCCUAUCAUUGAAGCACCUCAAUUAAAAGAACUUGGAAAUGCAACCCCUCCAUUAGAAUGGUUCGGGCUUCAUAGAAACAAACUUCCAAAUGUCACACAUGAAAUGGGAAUUGUAAGCUUACAAAAAGUCAUUCAUCAAGUUGAAAGUGAAUAUUCCCGUCUUUUGGGAAGAGCAUAAAUAAACUAUACUUUAGCAUCAUUGCAUUGAUCAGUUAUAUACAAUUAUGAUCUAUGAAAUUAUUUAACAUCUAUAUCGUAGCUUUCAGUGCUCUGGAAAUUAUUUACAUGCAUACCAAAAGUUUAGUGAGUCAAGUACCAUCUCCCCUUGGCUCUUCUUCUUUGUAAGAUUUUCCUUCCAUUUUUAACUCUUAGCCUCGCUAAAAAUCCAAAUGUUCUCUUCCUUUUCAAAGUAGAAGGUUGAUAAGUGUUACCUCUAGUUUUGAAUCUUCUUUGUACCAAACCCAAGGAUGAAGAAAAAGGUGAGCUUUGCAAGGCAGGGGAAAUCUCUUUGAUUAAGGAUAAUAUUGGAGAAGAGGUUUGAUUGACGGGAAGUGAUUGAAGCUUGGUUUGAGCCAAAGGAGUGGGUCUCAUGAGGGAAAAGCCACGAACCAUAUUAAUUCCCAAGGUCUUCAAUGCUCGUGUAGGCCUUAUACUAGGCAAUCCGACUCUAAGCAUGCUGUUUGAAAGAAGAUAGUACAGAACCCGUAAAUUGAAGCUCUGAAAAAUUACCAGAAUG